AAAAGGGAAAGUUAGGCAAACAUCCAACUGUAGGACGGACCAGCCACGAGCUUAAUGGGACAUGCGCACCUCGCGAGACGCCAGAGGAAUGAAGCAAAAAUUUCAAAAAGUGAAUGACGUACCACGUGCAAGAUAAAUGCGCGCAGACGACCAAUCAGAGAACAGAGCGUUCUGACGUAACAUAAGCGGGAAGUUGGAAGAAGGGAAUCGAGACGGAAGUUGGGGCACUUUUUUUUUGCUUUUUACUCUUAAUACUUAACGCUUACUUACUCUUAAUUUACAUAAAUGUGGUCUGCUGUUGUCCAUAACGUAAAGUUGAUUUUGUAUAUUUUUCUGCGGCUCUAUGUGGAAUUUCAGACAAGAAUCACCUCUACGGAGAGCCAGUUUUCAGUGGAGCACUGAGUGAGUGAUCAGAUGGAGAAGGUGUAUAUCCUGGAGCGGGAAGUGGGUCGGGGCAGCUAUGGGGUGGUUUUCGAGGGCCGUGUAGCCAAGACAGGGCCGUGGGGUACCCGGGGCGAUAGGGUUGCUAUUAAGCGCCUCCCCUGCAGUAGCCCCGAGUGCAUCGAGCUGUUCCUACAGGAGCUCUGGGCCAUGAGAGCUACAGCUAGGAGCCACCCCAAUGUCAUUGCCCUCCACUGCUGCCUUCAUCAGAACGGACCUAACAUCCUUCAGCCCCUGGGGGCAGGGAAGCUACCGCUGGACCUGGUAGAGAGCGCCCUCAAGGGCAGCGUGAAGGGGUCAUCUCCGACCCACAAAGGCACAGCCACUAAGACACGUGGGAAAAUGUUGCCUCUGCAACCUGCUGCCAUCAGCUGCUCCGCCCUGUGGCUGGUCAUGGAGUACUGUGACGGCGGUGACUUGAACCGCUAUCUGCUGUCAAGGCCCCCAGACACCCAGAGGAACUACAGCGUGAUCCAGCAGCUGAGCAGCGCCGUGGCUUUCCUGCACAAGCUCCGGAUCGUGCACCGCGAUUUGAAACCCGACAACGUGCUGGUGCAGAACACCCCUGCUGGACCGCUUAUCAAGGUUGCGGAUUUUGGGCUCAGCAAGAUGAGCGAAGGAUUGGCAGAGGGGCAUCUCAACAGGAAGUGUUUCUCCUCCACCUGCGGUUCGGACUUCUACAUGGCUCCAGAGGUGUGGGCUGGCCGUAGCUACACCGACCAGGCAGACAUCUUCUCCCUGGGCGUGCUCUUCUGGGCCGUGUUAGAGAGGAUCACCUUCCUGGAGGAUGGCAGCACGCAGGAGCAGCUUGGUGCCUACGCGUGCCGGGGUCGCUGGCUGGUGCCGCUGGGUGAGGCCCUAAGCGAGAACCCGGACCUGCAGCUGGGCAUCCCUAUGAGGGCCCGGCGAGCCUCUCCUCUGCCCGCUCCCCCGACACCACAACUGUGCGCUCUGCUCUUGGACAUGUUGGCCAGCGACCCGGCCUCCCGGCCCACGGCCUGCCAGCUGGAAGAGAGGGUGCACUCUGCCACAACCUCCCAGUGAGGGCCAAGGCCGAAUGGUGGUCGUCCUUGGGUUCCCAAGGACCGGGUUGGGAAACGCUGCAUAAGUGAGAGGGAUGGAGUGCUUUCUUUAAGGCAGGGUCAUUCAAAUCACGGUCCUCGAGGU